AAACAUAGUCUCCAAGCGUUUAUUCUCAAUUUCUCUUGGUCGGGACACACAAAUCGUCAAAGUUGCAAUAAUUUUAAGCCGCUGUAGAAACUUCAAAAAAAAAAGUGACGUUUUGGACGGCAACACCUCGAUACGGUCCUGCUACGGCGCGACGAAAAUAGCAGACGACAGUGUGCUGCGACUGCGGCAGCUGCUGUUCCGCCUCUUCGCGGUAUCUCACUACGUGUGCGCGAAGAGGAGGCGAUCCGCAUUCAUAGUUUUCUCGAAAUUUUCUCUCGAAGCGCGAAAUUUUUACGAACGACGGACCGACUGCGAAAAUGGCAGAGAUAACGGAUUUCGGACCGAGAAAAACGUUUUUUAUACUCGCGAUCGUGUUCGGCUGCUUCACGGUGCUGUGGCCGAAAAUUCUGCACCCUAUGUUCGUAGGAUUUGUCACUCCACAUCACUCGGACAGCUCGGUGUGCUGCGAAGUGAUAUUUGAAAGCGAUGUCACCGCAGUGGAUAUCAUGCAAGAGAUGUGUCAAAACAUAUUGAGGCACCAUCCGGUAGAUCCACGCGUGAGGGAUGCGUUAAAGCUUAGCAAGUUGACCCCUCAGACUGCAAGCCUGUGUAGAGAGGAGGUUCUAGCCAGAUGUGGUAUAGAUCUGUCAUCCUUUCUCGCAGAAAGGGAGAGCCUGGGAAAAACCUAUAAACAAGUGUUGGAGGAAAUUAGAUCGUUCAAUAGCUCUCUUUGCCUUAAAAUGAAUUUCGGUGUGCCACUGUCCCAAUUGGGGACACCUCACCUUAUCAGAUAUCAUAUCUUGAUGCCGCACAAUACUAUACCACAGGAACGUCGCCCUCCUCCUCAUGCAGGUGGAAUGCAUCCUGCGCUGAGAGAGAGAGGAAGAGCCAUACCAACCUCUCAUAUUGUUCCAAAAAUAAUGGAUAGGACAACUGACCACAUAAUACCAAAAAUGAGGCCACCUCUCGGUGGUGCCGGUCACGUUGUUCCAGCACCCAAAGGAAACAGCACAAUGGGGAUCAUUAUGCCGCUAUACACAAUAGGAAUAGUCUUGUUUUUCAUGUACACCAUUAUUAAGGUUCUGAAGAAGAAUUCCGACAGCGAGAUUAUUUCGGAAUACCCGGGAGCAGCUGCCGAGAAGGAGUUUCGGAAAAUGGUAUUCAGUCCAGAAGCUCUUGCUACUGCGAUGACUGGAGGUACCUUUCAUUAUCCAAGAGAAAGAUCACCGCACUCCAGGUCUGCUCCAACUAUCGAAGAAUUAAACGAUCAAGCGGCAGGAGACAUAGAGAUAGAUCAACUGAGACAACGUUUGGUCGAGACCGAAGCAGCCAUGGAAAGAAUUGUUGUCCAGAUGGGCAACAUACGUUCAGUAAAGCAUAAGUCGAGCUCACAGCCAGAAACCAAGGAGGACACUGCAGACCAGGAAUCACAUAGUAGGGAAAGUGAAGAGUUAGAUGCAGCAGAGCAAUCGCCAACAGUUAAAGUUAUGGGUAUGGAAAUGACAGCUAGUUGCGAAAGUGGGCAGAAAUGCAGCAGACCCACUACUCCUAUUAUUCCUACACCAAGUAAUAUUGAAAGAGAAAAAACACCACCAACGCCUAUAUAUUUAGAGGGUGCCCUUCCACCGCAAUGUGAAUUACUAGUAACGGAUUCAGAAACUCAAGCUGAAAAAUCAGAGGACGACGACGACGCUCCAGUUGUUCUCUCAGGCAAAAUGACUCUCUCUGUCAUCAGUCUCGACCAGAUUCCAGCUGAUUCGGUGAUUGAAGAACCAGAUGAAAAGAGAACAAAUGUUGUGGAUACCCAAAAGGAAAUUUGGGAUGUAAAAGAUGAGAAAAACGCAAUACUGCAAAAGGAGAAAAAUGAAGAAAAUAGAAAAAUGAAUGAAGAGGAAUACGAAGAAGAAGAGGAAGAAGAAGAAAUGGAACAAAAGGAGAAAAAAGUAGAAGAACAAGAGGAAGAGGAGUAUGAAGAAGAAGAGUAUGAAGAAGAGGAAUAUGAAGAAGAAGAGGAACAGGAAGGUGAGGAGGAAGAAGAAGAAGAGGAAGAAGAGGAGGAAGAGAAACAGGAAGAAGAAGAGGAGGAAGAGAAACAGGAAGAAGAAGAGGAGGAAGAGAAACAGGAAGAAGAAGAAGACGAAGAAGCAGAAGAGGAAGAUGAAGAUGAGGAAGAGCAAGAGCAAGAAGAUGAAGAAGAGGAGGAAGAAGGGGAUGAAAUGGAUGACUGAAUUGAAAAUUUAAAGAAAAGAUAAAAAGAGAAACAGAAAAGAAUCCAGCUAAAAGACUUCAAAAAUAAUUCUUUUUUUUUUUUUUUUUUUGAAAGGAUCAGUGUUUACCAAUCUUUAAUAAGUCUUUUUAUUAUAAUGAAAAUAAUUAUGAUUACUGUAACAUAUAUAAGAAAGCUAAUCUAAUAUUCUCACAAUAUGAAGAUGCAUAAAUUUCUUGUUGGUUAAGCACUGCCAGAUAUUUUAAAUGUUAUAUGCAUCGCAUUUCUGUUCUUUUUUUUAUCAAUAUAUUUGACAUUUUAUUGAAUCAUAAAUUUAUUAAUCAUAUUACAUAGGGGGCCAAAAGAAAGAGAGGCAGUGCUGUCUGUGCCACGUUACAAUGCCAUGAUGGCAUAGAUACUUCAAUUUAUAAUAAAUUAUUACUCAUAAUUAGAAAUUAAACAAAAUCUGUUUUAGAAAAUAUCUAAUAGAUAAAAUUAAUAGAAAAAGCCCUGUAAUCUGUCCAAUCAUAGUACAUGCAUGUCAAAUCCAGUGAUUGGCAAGCACUGAUACAAAUUUCAUGAAAGCCAAAGAUUUUUUCUUUUCUUUGUACUAUACAACUAGAGUACUUUUCUUGCUUCAUGUACUAAUCAUUGCUCUAUAAAUGUUUAAUUUUAUAUCAUUAUAGCAUUUUUGUGUCAUACUUUUAAUUUUCAUAUUCUGCAAUGUGUUCACGUUUUAAUUUCUAUAUUUGUGAAACAUAGAAUGUUCUAUCAUUUCUAUAUUUCUGGCUUCAAUUUGUAAAUGUAAAUUCAAAUAUAUUUAUUUCACUUAUAUAUAAAA